GAAGUCCUUACGAUAGUGACGCGCGGAUGUUAUCAGCAACCAUUCAAUGUUUAUUGGCUCCCGUAUGCCGUAUCCGGUUUUCAGUGCUAGUUAAAACUGGAACCGUUUUUAAGCAUAGAAACAGCUGUGGGGUCAACAAAACAGUCCGCCCAACAGCAGUCCGGGUUGACACUUUUUUUUUCAGGUAUAGUAAUGGUCUUUCUUGGGCAUUUCCAACACAGCCGAAAGCGAUUGCAUGUAUAUUCCACAAUCGUUUUAGAAUUAAAAGUUAUAAUAUCGACUGAUCGAGUAUAAUAAGUGUACAAAUUGAAUGAUAAAAACUCAGUUAUAGUAUGCUCUUUACUCACUACACGACUGUAUUCGCUGGCAAACAGUAGCCUGCAAACUGCCUUUAGCUAUAAUAAGAUAGCCUAUGUUAACAUUUGGUUUUCUGUUCACGAUUCAUUUUUUCAGGAAAUAGGAGUGACUCUAUAUUCCGUGGUUUAUUUUCUUUCGUGUUUGAGGACCAGACGUCCUUUAAGUGAAAACCAAACAGGAAUUCACGGCCAUCCAUGUCGCUUCGUUUUUGGAUAAUUUUGCUGAUGCUGGCUAAUACCGGUUCAUCAUCCCUGCAGAAUAAUGUUUCAUGCGACUUUGCAGAAAACGAAUUUGGGCAAAACUGCAUCAGCAAACCCCUAUCGCCACUGAUUUUGCUACAUUAUUUAAUUAAUUGUUAAACGAAAAUUUUUUAAAUUAGAUAAUAUCAACACUUCAUUUUUUGCAACAAUGUUCAUUCAUAUUUAAAAGAAUUAACCAAUUUAAACUUAAUUUUAAUUUAACAUUAAAUACUUAAAUAUGAUUCCAGUUCUAACCGGUUCUAACUAGCAACUAUAACCGGUUCUAACUAGUCGUUUUUUUCUUAUUUCCUCGAAUUUCCCCGAACAAUGAAAACUAAUUUCAGAUAAAAAUUAAGCUUGAAUAGAUUAAUUCUUUUAAAUAUGAUUGAACAUUGUUUCUAAAAUAGUAAUCGUUGAUAUUUUCUAAUUUAAAACGAUUUUCGUUAAACAAUUGAUUAAAAAAUUUAGCAAAACCAGUGGCGACAGGGGUUCGCCGAUGCCAUUUUGGGAUGGCUAGGUUAUAAGUAGGGGCUCUCCACCCACCUCAAUCAUCUACGUUCUGUAUUAACCUACGAAUACGAACUCAAAAAACGGGAAUGAAUACUCAACCAAUUCGAAAACUCCCUGGAGCUAAGAAAGAAUUUCCUUUUGUCAAAUCCACCAUUGACAAUAGGAGACCGGUCAAAUUGGCAAAACCAACAGUCAAUGCGACCAAACCAACGACUUUGAAUCCGGAUAAAAUCCACUUAGUACCAGCUAAUUCCACCAUGGCUGAUGGGGCCCCACAAAUGCCCAAAGUUGGAUUCCGUUUUCAAGGAUUUGGCUCGACCUCAAUCACGGCCGCCAUUCCCAAAUCCCAGACUAUCCGUCCAUUACCAACUCAUUUGGACAAAAAGAUCCAUCCACGGGAUUGGACUUUUUCCCCGAAACCUGAAUUGACAAGCGCUAUUAAGAAGACUGAUGGGACAGAUUUGAAACCGAAACCUUUCAAAGCCAACCCUGUUCCCAGCAGUCACUAUAACGUGCCUUACCAGACUCCUAAGAAAAGCAAGACUGUAAUGGCCAAGAAACCUGACGCUAAGAAUACGGACGGGACAGAUUUGAAACCUUUCAAAGCCAACAACCCUGUUCCCGGCAGAGAGGAACUUUACCCACCGUUCUCGACUCCCAAAAUAAACAAGACUGAAGUGGCCAAGAAAGUCAACGCUCCCGGACUUGUAAACCGAAUGUGGCACUCGAUGAUCGACCCGAUUUUGCACCCGCACAAUGAAGCAUCCCCUGAAACAGUUCCUUUACCCGACAAGAAGAAAUCUUUGGACCACGUCAUGAGCAAGCAAUUCCGAGCCAAACCUGCUCCUCCCACCACUUACAAACAGUCGAUCCCAGUAGCGCCCCAAAAACGCCUUCCUGUCAGGAAUGUAAAAAUCGUGAAACAUUUGGAUCCGGCUGAAAAGGCUGAGCUGCAGGAGUUUGAGUUGACUGAAAAGGCAAUUCUUCAAAAAGUGGAUGCCCAGAAAGAUGAGAUGACUCCGUCUCUUUCCCUGAAGAAAAUUGGAUCCGGAGAAGAAGAUGUUGUCCACAACGCUGACUUACCCGACCAUCCCGGAUUGGCAAACCGAAUGUGGCAUUCAAUGGUCGAUCCGAUUUGGCAUUCUAAGAAACCGGAACCGGAUGAGAAGUCGAUUGCAGGAAACGACGAUGAAGAAAAACCGGAUGUGAAGAAGUCAGAUGUCCAGGGCGAGGUCGAAGUUCAUGAGGAUCCCCAAGCAUCGGAAGUAGAUACCUCAGACAAAUUAAGCCUGGAAGCUUUAAUGCAGUUAGUUCCGGAAGCCUUCCAUGUCCAACCGGAAGCAAAGAAGAUGGAGACUGUACCAGUACCGGAUGUAAAUGAGGUAGCAUCAAAUCCAGACGUUCUAAAUCCAAUACGAGAAGCUGUUGAGAUUUCGCCAUUCACUCGGACUGUUGAAUCUCGGUUGGAGACGGAAGCCGCUGGUAUCCCGAAGUUAAGGAGGCGACAUGUCAAGAAACGGCGUCAUUCUGACAGUCAAUUGCCUAGACCACAACACUCUGAAGAGCAUCUCGAAAAGCCCGAGGAACUCGUCCGCCCUGGACUACUAAGACGCGCUGUGGUGGGAAUAGGUUCGACUGCGCUGUCCGCCGGUAGAUCGGUGUUGUCGGGUGUUGGAUCGGUGGUCGGUUUCGGGAGAAACAGGACCCUAGUUAGCACUCCCAAAGAACCGGCUGCCAAACUCGACAAGAAGCAUCGUCAUCACAAGAAAAAGUCUCAUCAGAAACGUACAGGAAAGGAUCUUUGAGUGACGGAGGUGACUGAUGGAAUCAGGAAGGACCGGAGUAGGAUGACGCGCUACACUUGAGGAGAUGUUUGGGAAAUGUUUGGUUUAUUUUUUCAGCUUGUCUAUCUUAAAAAAAAUUCUUAUCAGUUCAAUACAAUACUAUUGAA